AGUGCGCAUGCGUCUCCCUUUUUUUUUACGACAUCUUCAACGUGGUACAUCAUGCCUCCAAAGACAGAUAAGAACAAGAAAGAUGCUGGCAAGUCGAAAAAGGAUAAAGACCCAGUCAACAAGUCUGGAGGCAAAGCAAAAAAGAAGAAGUGGUCCAAGGGGAAGGUGAGGGACAAGCUUAACAAUUUGGUGCUCUUCGACAAAGCCACCUACGAUAAGCUUUAUAAGGAGGUGCCUAAUUACAAGCUCAUCACUCCUGCAGUUGUGUCUGAAAGGCUGAAGAUAAGAGGUUCACUAGCCAGGGCCGCACUCCUGGAGCUGCUCGGUAAAGGCAUGAUCAAGCUGGUCUCCAAGCACAGAGCACAAGUGAUCUAUACUCGCAAUACCAAGGGUGGAGAUGAGAUAGCUGCUGAGAAGGAGACAUAAUAAGGUUUUCUUUCAGUGUUUCCUGUGCAGAUCCAUGGAUUGUAAAUAAUUACAAAUUAAAAGUAAUGAAAAUUG